AUGGGCCGAGGAGGGCCUCGCCACUACGAAGGCAAAGGACCUAUUCGAUGGCAGCUCCUCCAUUUGACGUCCUUCCUCCUUGUCCACGCUGAGCAGUGUGAAACCUUCACGACCAGCGUGCCAGGCGCAACGAUUGUGACCAUUGAUUGCGAGAAGUCUGUUGUCACCAUCACAUGCUUCCAGUCUGUAUCCAUCCCGGACUGCCACCGCGUGGAGGUCUACAAGACAACCACAUCCACAUCCAUGUCCAAGACUUCGUCCAGAACCUCGAGGACGUCUUCGAGCUCCGUGACCUCUACCUCUUGGACUUCUUCAAGCACUUCGACAACAAGCUCUUCCAGCUUCACUUCUACAUCGCUGACUCCUACAUCGACCCAUUCCAUCUCAACCACAUCGGCGGUUUCAACAACCACUUCUAGUAGCAGCGCAAGCGUCAGCACUACCACCUCUUCACGGUCGAUCGCAACCUCCUGCACCACCACAAGCACAACUUUCACGUUCACAACUUUCACAACUUUCACAACAUCAGGAGCGGGUAGGAGCAGCCGUACCACAAGCACAAGCAGAACUGGCAGUGCAACUUGGAGGGCUUUGACGUCCACCGCACCGGCAUCUAUCACUUCAAGCCUGACAUCAUCGCAGACCACCCUGACCACCCUCACCCCCACUGCAAGUGCCACGAGUGCGGUCUCUCCCGUCGGCCCUGUCGGCUCUGUCUCUGGAUUCAUGACGAUCUUGGCAGACGGCGUGUCCCAGCUCCAGGCCAAGCUCGCCAUCCCGGCAGCCUUACGUGCUUUCCUGCAGCUGGGCAACGAGGACACGGUGGUAGUGACUGUGGCAGUGCUGGCGCAGAGACUCCGCAGGCUUUCCCAGCGUCGCCUCGCCGAGGAUGCCUGGAACGCAUCCUUUUCCAUUAUCUUUCCACGCUCCCGAGAAGAAAAACUUCUUGGGCUGCUGAGGGAUUUACUUGCGAGCAUGGAAGCCAACAAUGCUUUCGCAUUCUCGGAAGCUUUGAGGAUGCAGUUGCAGCUUGUGGGUGCGCAACCGUCAGGACGUCUUCCUAUGAUGCUGUGGGUCAAUGGUUUGAGUUCUCUUUAUGGAGGGCAGGUGGACGCAGGGCUCGUUUCGCUUGGCGUCGUCCUUUCGUUCAUGGCGCUGGCUUUAGUGGGCUUGUUGCUCCUGUGGUGGCGGCAGAAGUUGCCCUGGAUCUUUUCCGCUUUGAGGUCGGUUCUGCAGUCGCGUCUCCCAGAGGAGAGCAUGCGCCAGGUUGCUGAGGAGUUGGGAACUUGCAGAGACAUUUGGAAGCUGGAGUCGGAAAGAUGGGCCCUUGCAGAGCGGGUGAUCCGAUCUCCGCAGUUCUCCUUGGCCUCUGGAUGGAAGGGCGUCUGGCUGUGGGAGUCUGACGUGGGCAGGGACCUGCGACUGUACAGCUUGAGCUUUGGUGCCGGAGGACAGUUCUGGGGCGCCGGCCAAAGUGGCCGGGGCAAUUUCACCGUGAACGGUGGAGCACUGGAUGCAGCGGAAGGCAUGCUGAAAUGGCGAGAGAAAGGCCGGGAUUUCAUCGUUGAGUGUGCUGGCCACUGGGAUCUCCAGGAGCUCAAGCAGCCAACACGUAUCGAGGGUGUCUUCUCUGCUUACAGUGUCGCGGCCCUGCCAAAGCGCAUAGGUCAGGGUCGUUUCACCCUCACAGCUGACACCCAAGGUGUCAGAGCUUUCCAGGACCGGCCGGCAGCCCCCAAGGCUGUUGACUCAGAUUUGGUGUAA